AUGCCUGCUCGCGUCGCUCGUUCGAGCGUGGCCAUGGCCAAACCCACAAACGCUCGCAAAAAGUCUCAGAAACGCACUCUCGACGCCUACUCGAUCGCCUCGCACUCGGCCCCAGACACUUACAAAGUCCGCCAGCACCGUUUGGGCGAUUCUGUUGGAGAACCCCGUCAGAAGCGCAGGAGACUCCAAGACGACGACCAAGACGACGACGACGACGAGGAGCACGCCAGCAACGCCCGCCGACUGCAACAAAAGACCGUGACCAAGAGAACCGGCACUGGAAAGAGAGGAGGUCUGGAUGAAGAGACGGACCAAGGAAGUGAUAGCGAAGGAAACGAGUGGCGUAUGGGUGGCCACAUCGGCGACGAAAGCGACAGCGACCUCGACAGUGACGAAGCUUUUGGUGAGAGCGAUGAAGAACGUUUCGAAGGCUUCACAUUUAGAGGAAGCUCUACCAGUGGUCCUUCAAAGAAGAAGAAGAAGAGACCUCAGCCUACUCCGCAAAUGGAUCUGGACGAAGGCGGCGACAGCGACGAACAAGACUCGGCCAGCGACUUUGGCGACGAGGGUGUCGAUCUAGCCACCAUGCUCGACGAGGACAACGAGGACGACCUCAUGCAAACAGAGGAGAAGCACGGCGACGACUCGUCUGAAGAAGAGUCUGAUGAUGAUGAAGAAGAAGAAGAAGAAGAGGAGGAAUCAGAGGACGACGAAUCUGAAGAGGACGACGACGAGGACGACGCUACCAAGUUGUCCAAACUGCAGGAUUUGGUCGCAUCGCUGAACAAGGACAACCCGGAAAAGCGCAUCGGUGGACGUACUCAAGACGCUCACGAGUCGCAAGAACCCUCGGCAUAUGGCCUGUCUGCCUCGCAGAAGCUCAAGAUUUCCGAUUUGCUGCCUACUGUUACCGAUCCCGCUCUUCGCAAGUCGCUCAAAUUGCUCACCGACGAAAAAUCCACAAAGCGCUCAGGCAUCCCUGGAAAGCUGGAUGCUCCUCUACCCAAGAGACAACAGGACAAACUGGACAGAGCAGCUGCCACCCAAGAAACCAAGAAGACUCUUGACCGAUGGCGCGAUACCGUCAUCCAGAACCGCAGAGCCGAGUUUUUGCAGUUCCCCCUCGCAGAUCCCAAUGCCAUCGAGGCCGUUGGAACCCAAAAGAUGCUGCCCAUUCAGCAAGACAAGCCCGCCAACGAACUCGAAAGCGCCAUUCAAAACAUCCUCGAGGAGAGUGGUCUCAGCAACAAGCAAAAGCAAGGAAAAGAGGAGGACCAACUUCAACAAUUUGAAGAGCUGCAGAUGAACAAGAUUCCUAUCGAAGAAGUCAUGGCCAGACGUGCCGAACUCCGCAAGGCAAGAGAGUUGCUCUUCAGAGAGGAAGUCAAGGCCAAGCGUGUCAAGAAGAUCAAGUCCAAAGCCUACCGCCGUGUGCAUCGUAAGGAGCGUGAGCGUGCCGAGGCCGCCGAGCGCGACUACCUUGUGGCCGAGGGCAUUGAAGAUGAGGAUGAAAAGGAAAAGAAUGACAGAAGACGUGCCGAGGAGAGAAUGGGCACCAAGCACAAAGACAGCAAGUGGUCAAAGGCCAUGAAGAAGUCAAAUCGUUCAGUCUGGGACGAGGACGCCAGAGAGGGUCUGAUCGACAUGGCCAGACGUAACGAGGAACUCAGGAGGAGAAUCGAGGGCAAGGACGUUUACGAUCGUGACAGCGACGAUUCCGACCUCAGUGUCAGCGAUGACGAAGACGAGGAGCUCGACGACGACGAACUCGAAAAGGCACGUCUGGCCAAGAAGAUCGACAAGCUCGGUGCCAAAGAUGGAGAAAAGUCCAAGAUUGGUAACAUGGCUUUCAUGCUCCGAGCCGAAGCCUCACGAAAGGCUCAGAACGACGAGGACAUUGAGAGCUUGCGUAGGGAGUUGGCCGACGAGGAUGAUGAGAGCGAAGAAGAGGCAGAUGCUACUGUUGGUCGUGCAAUCUUCGGACCUAAGCCUAAGCAAGGCACUGCCAAUCCUUUCAAGGCUGCUCCUCGUGGUGAGCUUGAAGAGAACAAGGACUUGGACGAGCAGGACAACCGUCCAGACAAAGCUGAAGCUGAGAUCAAUGUCGGUGCUCAGGCAGACACCAAGCCCGCUCCUCAGUCCAAAAAGUCACGAUCCUUCCUCCAGAACGCCCAGAAAGUCGUGGCCGAUGUCGAUGAGCCCAAGGAGACGGAAGAGAAUGCAUGGUUGACUGGCGCAUCCAAGAGCAAGAAGAAGAACAAGAAGGCCGCCGACGAGGAGAUUCUGGAUCUUUCCAAGGCUGCACCUGCACCUGCAGUAAAACCUGUCACUGAUAGAAAGAAGCCUCAAGCAAAGACGCAAAAGCCCGCAGCCAAUGAAACCGCAGCUCCCUCGACCGAAGGUUGGGAAACCGUCAAGUACGACAAUGACCAAGAAGAAGCUGAUGCCGAAGAGGACAACAGAGUAAACCCCAUGCUCGCCUCCAAGGAUAAGCAAGCCCUCUUCCACCAACGUGCCUUUGCCGGCGACGAUGUUGCCGUCGAGUUCGAAGCCGAAAAGGAAGCACAAGUCGAAGACGAAGGUGACAAGGUCGAAUCAACCUUCCUCCCCGGCUGGGGCUCGUGGACCGGCACCGGUCUCUCAAAAGCAGCGAGAAAGCAAAACAAGCGCAUGGCCCACAAUCCUUUGCACAAGAAGGUCACAGAAGGUGUCAAGGCCGCCAACCGCAAAGAUGCCAAACUCAAUAAUGUCAUCAUUUCAGAAGCUCAGCAAAGGAAGGGUAAGAAGUAUUUGGCUAGUACACUACCUCAUCAAUUCGAGAAGAGGGAGCAGUAUGAGAGAAGUUUGCGUGUGCCUGUUGGUCCCGAGUGGACGACAAAGGAGACUUUCCAGCGCAACACGAGACCCAGAGUUGUUGUCAAACAGGGCAUCAUUGCACCUAUGGAGAAGCCUCUGCUGUAG